AUGAUGUCCAAAACUAACUACUACUCAUGGGCGGCGCUCAUGAUGCUGCAGUUGCAUGCGAGGAGCCUAUGGCCGGCGGUGAACGUCAAGACGACCGACUUUGCCGACGAUCGGAACGCCUUGGAAGCCAUCGCGCUGGGCAUUUCCCCGGAGCUGCAAGGCAGCAUUGCUAGGAAGCCCACCGCCAAGGCCGCGUGGGACUCGCUAAAGAAGACUCAUCUCGGCGUUGAUCGCAUGAGCCAAGCGAGGGCGAAUAUGAUACAUCGGGAGUCCAACACGCUGCAGUUCAAGAACGCGGAGUUGAUGGAUGACUUUGGCGCUCGCAUCACAGACCUCGCCAAUCAGCUUCAGGUCCUCAACGUCGGCUACAUGGAGCCAGAAAUCAUCGUCAUGGUGAUCAAAACCCUCCUUGAUCUUGAUAACAUGCCAGUGGAGGAGCUGAUCGGGAGGCUCAAGGCGAUAGAGGAGCGCCAUGACCUUGGUGGUGGUGCUGGCUCAUCCACGGCGCAUCUCAACCUCAUGGAGGAGGAGCUAGUGGCAUCACGGUUGGUGUCCCGGUUGCAGCUCUUUGGUGAGGGCACGCCUAUGGGCGACCUCCAUCCUCUAACCAGAGGGUCGAGCGCGGCGGUGGCUUAUCCUAGGGCGGGGGGAGUAGUGGAGGCUCUAAGCCACCCGUCGGCAGCAACGACAAGAAGAAGGUGA